CAGAACCUCCUGGGCCGAAGGCCGCCGUCAGCACAGCUCAGCCGUCGGCACACGCCUAGGCUGUGCCGACGGCACGCAACCUACCCGUCGGCACAUGGGCAGAUGGAAAAUAGCAAAUAGCAAAUAGAAAUGAAAAAUUGAAAAUAGGAAAAUAACAAUUUGAAUUUGUUGUUGUCUAAACUAGGCCGAUGGCGUGACGACCCCGGGUCCCUGCUGCUUGACGCGAUUCGAGACGGUCGCCGACAUCGCCGAGGAGGAUGGCUGAUAAUGGGUGGAUGUACAGUGGCCGUGCUAGUUCGACUGAAAUGACAGAAGAGUGGGGAUUUCGAAAUAGAAAUUGGUCUUGAGGACCUCGAGAACGAGGCACAUCUUCAUGGUGAAACAGUGGUGGACCUAAAGGACAUACAAAUGCUCACCAAGUUACAUGAGGGCAAUGGGUUCAAUGAUGAGCCUCCACCGGACAUUCCCACCCAACCUCAUUACUCACAUGAUACUGAUAGUGAUAGUGAAAAUGAGAACCCAACGCCUCGUUAUGAGAACCCAAUGCCUCAUUAUGAUAGUGAUGAUUCGAGGUGAUUGAUCAAUAUGAGCGGAAGCAAGGAAUCCAUGAACUCCAUUCUGAAGACCAUGAGGACCCAGAAGUUCACCGGGACCACUAGAAGUGGAAGACCAACGCGUGCCAGCUCGCGUUACGCGGACGAUGACACGGGUGGAGUUGGAGGUGGAGGUGUAGGUGGAGGUGGAGGACGUGGUGGAGGUGGAGGACGAGCUGGAGGACGAGGCGGAGGUGGAGGACGAGGACGAGGUGGAGGUGGAGGACGAGGACGAGGUGGAGGUGGACCUUUCCUUGGUGACAUACCCUCUGCUUCUGGCGACGUGGCUUCCCAGUCCGCUCACACACAGUCUACUGAGGGGGAGAUGGAGGUGGAGAUGGAGGUGGAGGGGCAGGACGAGGAGGCGGAGAGGGAGAUGGCGCCGAAGAAGUUGCGCAUUCGUGGUGAAGCGCAAGUCCCUGAUGAGAGGAGGGAGCCUACUAGCCAAGAGGCGAAAGCCCUCAUCAUCCCGAACGAAACAGACAAUUGGACAUAUGACAAGGGGGUUCGCCAGCCGUCGAGCAUGAUUGGAGCUCUUAUUAGGCAGUAUUGGCCGGGCUUUUACACUCCGGUCCUCGGCGGCGAGAGGAAGCUAGCCGAGACUUGGGCGGACUAUGAGGCAGCUCCUUGCCCGGGCUUUGGGACAGUCUGCCGACGCCGUGUACACCAAGUUUUGGGUAAAGCAUGCUUCUCGAGUUUACUUCAUAGUUGA